CAUGCAGAUGUUGCGCUUGCUGUCGGAUUUGAGAAAAUGGCGAAAGGUUCGUUGGAAUCUAUGGGUUAUAUGGAUGAUCGGACGCAACCGCUUGAGCAGCACAUCAAUGUCAUGUCCAGUACAUUUGGUUUGGUACCUGCACCACUACUGCCGCAAAUGUUUGCUAAUGCUGGACGCGAACACAUGCAGAAAUACGGUGGGUCGCAAAUUGGUUUCGUUACCUCGGUUAAGUUAAAGCCAAAAUCCAACUGCCUCCGAAUUCGAUCUCCAGGAGAGGGUAAAACACCCCGGAAAUGUCUAAUUGUUGGCAAGCACCAGAAGUAG